AUGUUUAAUUUUGGCGGGAAUGCAAACACUAAUAACAAUGCCGGCUCAAUGGGUUCAACUACCGGUACCAGCCUCUUUGGAUCAUCGCAACAGCCACAACAACAAAACACUACUCUAGGGGGAGGAUUUGGAUUCAAUAACAACCAGCAGCAGCAACAGCAGCAACCGCAACAACAGCAAGGCGGUAGUCUCUUUUCUGCUGGCAAUGCCACUACAACUGGGACUACCGGACUCUUUGGUAAUAAAUCUACACUAGGUGGUCCAUCGAUGCAAUCUAAUACAAAUACAGGAGGUGGCUUAUUUGGACAACAACAACCACAACAACAACAACAAGGCGGUUCCCUAUUUGGGUCUAAUGCAACAACGAAUACAGCAGGACGCGGUGGACUAUUUGGUAAUAGUAGUACUACGCAGCAACAGCAACCUUCUGGAGGUCUAUUUGGAAGCAAUACAAAUCAGCCUUCAGUGGGAGGUGGUUUGUUUGGAUCGAACCAGCAGCAGCAGCAGCCAGCUGUAACGGCGACGACAGGUGGAUUAUUUGGAAAUAAACCUCAAGGAUUAAGUACUGGAACUUCUGGAGGUUUAUUCGGUAAUAAACCAUCAGGGACUUCUGGGGGAUUAUUUGGCAGUAGAGCACCAACAACAGGUGGAGGACUAUUCGGAAGUAAUAAUAAUAAUCAAACCACAAACACACAAACAGGCCUUUUUGGUAACACUACAAACACACAAGGAGGAUUGUUUGGUAAUCCACAAGGACAAGGCACGACCACUCCAGGAGGAGGAUUGUUUGGUCAACAACAACAGCAGCAGCAGCAGCAACAACCAACUUUAACCACAGUACAGCCUUCAUUUUCAUGGUCACAACAAGCACCUCAACAAAUGAAUCAACAAUCGCAGUCCACUAUGCCAAGACUCCAAGCUCAAAUACAAAUGCAACAACAACAAUUACAGCAACAAAAUACAGUAUAUCCACAACAAAUUCAAGAACAAAUAAUCAAAUGUAAAGAGUCAUGGGAUCCAAAUUCCUCAAAAUCCAAAUUAAGAACAUUCGUUUAUAACAAAGUGAACGAAACUGAAGCCAUGUUAUAUAACAAACCUAUGAAUGCCAACCAAGAAGAAUGGAACAUAGCAAUAGAGAACAAACCAUCAAAUGACGUGAUCCCAAUUCAAAUACACGGUUUUGAAGGAUUGAAUGUACGUAAUCAAUUACAAAUUGAGAAUGUAGCACAAGCUCGCGUCAUACUGAAUCAAGUCCUCGAGAAAUCGACUCAAUUACAACAAAAACAUGAUUUAGACACUGCGGCAAGAAUAUUGAAGGCCAAAUCAAGAAACGUAGAAAUCGAAAGAAGAAUAUUGAAAUUAGGUUCUCAAAUUUCCAUUUUGAAAAAUAGAGGUGUACCAUUAAAUAUAAAUGAAGAGAAAAUGUGGUCUCAAUUCAAGCAAUUACUGAAGAAAAGUGAAGAUCCUGCAGCUCUGGGGAAAACUAAUGAACUAUGGGCUCGUCUCGCGGUAUUGAAAGAACGUGCUAAAAAUGUAUCUGAUAAAUUAGAUAGUACGUUAGUGGUAAUCGGUGAUAAUGGUGGUUCCUCCACUUCCUCUACAAAUAGUAAAGAAAAUAUGGUUAAUAAAUUGGCAGAUGAUGAGGAAAAGAAUAAAAUUGAUAAGAUUGCCGAGAUUUUGAGUAAUCAACAACGUGGUAUAUAUUAUUUGAAUGAAGUUCUUGAAAAUGAUCAAAGGGCAAUAGACAAGGCUUUGAAAAGUUAG